AUGAAAAAGUAUAGCCAGGGCAAUAAGGAAGUAGCUCGUCCUACUGAGGACCAAUCAAAUUUAGAUGGAUAGAAUUUAAAAUAAAAAGAGGGUACAUUAAAAGAAAAUCGAAAUAGUGCCAAAAAGCAGAAAGAUUCAAUAAAAGUGAAUAAUAACACAAGCUAGAGCGAAGGCUAGUAUAAAACAAGUUAGGACGAGGAUUAAUUAUAAAAUGAGAAUAUGAAUAUAGUAACUAAAAACUCUAUUUAAAAUUAUAGCCAAUCUUAGAAUAAUUAGAAUUUAACAACUUUAAAAUACAUUUCUAAUUCAGAUCCCAUUGAUAUUACUCCAAAUGAAAUUCAUUUCAAGGAUAUAUAAAUUAACUAAACAUAUGAGAUUACCUUGUACGUUAGAAACUUAACAAAGAAACCUCGUCGUAUUAGAGUAUUUUAGCCAUAAACCCCACAUUUUAGAGCUGAUUAUGAAAUGCAAGGAGCUAUCGGAGCUGGUUUGGCAAUGAAAGUAACUGUCACAUUUGAAACUACUUAUUUAGAUAACUUCAAAGAUGUAAUGAAAAUUGUGAGUUAAGAUAAUUUUUCUAAAGAAGUCUUUUUAUAUGCUUAUCAGCCAUGUGCUUAGCUGGUUUUUGAACCAUUUAUUAAUUUUGGUUUUGUUAAAGUUUAGCAGCAAAAGUAAGAGAAGAUAUUUUUCAAAAAUGAAGGUUCGGUAGCAGCUAAAGUUGAAUUAAAAUCAAGUGAUCCUGCCGAUUUAAAAAUAGAACCCCCAUUCUUUUCAAUACAACCAAAAUAGGAAUUUGCAGUUACUGCAACUUAUGAAAGUUAAGAAGCUGGUUUAUUUAGGGGUUUUGUCUAUGUAACAACAGAAGCUUAAUGUCUUCAGAAAGUAAUAGAUAUUAAUGCAACUAUAGUCGAGUUUACUUAGUUCUUAAUAGAUGAUAGCGGUAACCAAACAACUUAAUUUGACUUUGGUACUUUUUAUUAUGGUCAGGAAAAAAAAAUACAUGGUUUUUUGGUAAAUAAUACUCCUAAAAAGUAUAAAUACAAAGUUAAUUUUAGAUUUGGACUUCUAUAUUCUGCUGAAGAUAUUGCAAGUUUAUAAACACCUAACGAAGUAGGAAGGGAAUAAACAGAAAAAAUUAUGAGUAUAGAACCUUCUGAAGGAGUAAUAGAUAGUUAUUCCUAACUUCCUAUUGUAUUUAAGUGUCAUUCUUAAGUACAUCCAAAGCAUUAAUUUUGGACUUAAUCUUAUGCUAUUUCAAAAGAUGAAAUGAAUGCUGAUGUAGAAGAUUAUUCUUAUUCAGCAAUAUUUUCAUAUGAUGGCUAAUAGUCUAACCCAACUAUAAUACACGUUACUGGAAGAGGUAUUUGCCCUACCAUUAAGUUAUCUAAAAAUCUUAUUUAGUAUGGAGAAUGUAAUGUCAAUGAUUAUAAAGAUUGUAAAUUAGAAAUCGAAAAUAGAAACAGAGAUAUCCCAAUUUCUAUAUCUUGCUCUAAAAUACCCUACUUUACACUAUCUCCAGCAACAGCUGUAAUAAACCCUUAAUCAAAAGCUGUUUUUGUUGCAUCAUUUCAGCCAAAAGCUGUUGGAAGUUUCUAAAAAAAUAUGCAGAUAUUACUUUUUAAUGGAGCUUAUAAAUUAGAUCUUAAAAUGCUAGGUAAAGCUUUGGAUAUAUCAGAAAAAACAAUAACAAAAAGAGGACCAGAAACUUUGCCUGAAAACUUUGAAAAUGAAAGAAAAUUCUUAGAUGAGGAAAAUUUAUUUUAAACAAGAACAAAGAAAUAAUAUGAGGAUAGAAUUAAUGAAAUCCCUGACUGGGUAGUAAAUAAUAAAGACCCUACUGUUAUGGACUCUUACAUGAAUAGCAAAAAAUACGAUGAUGUCUUAAGAGAGCACCGCAAAGAACGUCUUCAGAAAGAAAAGGACAAAAUCGUUGCAGCAAAAUAUGAAGAAAUGAUUGAAAAACUAAAGUAAUUAGGCUUAGCUCCUGAUCAAGAUGGAUAAAAUUAAGGUGCAGAAUCAGACGAAGAAGGAAAGGGUGGUAAAUUUGCAGAUGCUCCAAUUGAUUAUGCUUACGAAGUUGGAAUGAUAUAAAAUAGGCUAGAUACACCUGAGUUACCUCUUCCUAUUUCAAAUGAGCCUUUGUAUGUUAAUAAGCCUAUUGGUAAAUAUGAACCAUAUGCAUAAAAUUAAGAAAAUAUGAAGUCAUUCAAUCCUGAUCCAAAUGUAAUAAUAAAGAAAAAAUGGCACUCUAAACCUUAAAAUCAUAAAGAAAUAAGAGAAAUAUCUAUGAAACUGUAAGGAGAAUAGCUCUAAAAAAUAUUCGCAGGCCCUGUAUUUAUUGAUUUUGGACCUGUUUAUGUUAAAUCUACUAUUUAAAAAACUUUUACUAUUCGAAAUGAUCUCAGAACAGCCAUUUCUUGCAGACUAAUUGUUGAUAGCGAUGAGCUGUAGGGAUCAUACUAAACUCUAUAAAUUAUUCCUCCAAGCUAAGUUGCAGGAUUUGAUGUGGUUUUAAAAAAUAAUACUCUAGGGUAAUUUAGAAAUAAUGUAAAAUAUAUAAUUAAUGAAUAGCAUGCAUUUGAAUUUUAAGUAAUUGCAGAUAUUCAAUUGGUUAAACUUGAGUUAUCUAGAGUUUAGAUAAAAAUGAGUUUCUUUGAAGAUAAUCAUGAAAUGAUUACAAAAGAAACCUUAAAACUCACUAAUAAUGGUAAUUCAACGGGUAAAUUUGAAUGGGUACACACUUUAAACAAAAUAUUUACUAUUACUCCUGAAAAGGGUGAAGUACCUGCUAAUUCAUCUUUAAACCUAACGGUUACUUACAAGCCCUCUUAGUAAGCUGGUUCUAAUUCAAUCUCUUCUUAAAAUAAUUUGUCAGCAAAUGCUCCAAAUUCUGCCAGAGAUUCUAAUCAAGGUUCUAACUAAAAUGACAAAUAAAGCAUGGCCCCAAUAACAAGAAACGAAGAAGAGAAACUUGUAUUAAAAGUUUAAGAUGGUGUAGAAGGGGCAAUUAGAUGUAUAGGAACAAUCUAAGAAGCUAGAUGCAUGAUUAAAAAUACUAAUUUAGAUUUCAAAGAAAUUGCUGUUUCAAAAGCAGAAACAAAAACAUUCUAAAUCAAAAAUCUAAGUAGGAUCUAGGCUAUAUUUAGUAUCGAUUAAACUAAUUUACCUGAAUGUGUAUCGAUUAAUCCUUUAAAAGGAAGAAUCGGUCCUGAUGAUGUUAGGGAUAUUUCAGUAACCAUCUUAAGUAACCAAGAAAAUACUUUUAAGGGUGAUAUUAUUGUUUACAUAAGAGGUGGAAGAAUCCUAAAAUUGCCUUUUUAAGGAUAAACAAUAAUUCCUUAAGUCAGCAUAUUAGAAGAGCUAUUUGAUUUUGGAAAUAUUACUACUUUAGGAAACUAGGGUAUACUUAAAAUGUCCCUGUAAAAUAACUCUAAUAUUCCUGCAGAUUUAGUUCUAGAUAUGAGAACAGAUGAAGAUUACGAAAAGGCUUAACCAGGUAUAGAGUGUUUGUCUAUUGAGAUAGAAGGUGAAGAUGAUGAUUCAGUUCUACACUCAGUACAUGAAGAAUAAAGUGAAGAGGAAGAUUAGCAAAAUAAAAUGAAUAAUGAUGAUAAUGAACCAGAUUUUGAUGGCCCUUUAAAUGAGAGUGUUGAUAGUUUAGAAGAAGAGAGUGAAAAGAAAAAAUCAAAGCUAUUUAACUUAACUGUUUAUCCUAAACAGACAUUGAAUUUUGUAUUAAAGUUUUGUCCGAAAGAAAUUAUCUCUUAUAAGCUAUUGCUUCCAUUGACGCUUUCAGGUUAUGGGAUCAUCCCUUCAUUAGAAAGGUACAUCACAUGUAAAGGUCUUCAUCCAAAAUUCUUAAUUGAUCCAUAAACAUGUGAGUUUAAAAGAAAAGUUAUAACUACGCCAGAUAAAUGUUUUCCUGAUAAGAUGGAAGUAACUUUAAAUAACCCUGAUAGAAGAAGCAUCAAAUGGAGAAUUGAUAUAAGUGGUAUAACAUCUGAUAAAAUAUUUUAAGUAGAACCUUCUUCUGGUAUAGUUGAAUCAUGCGAUUCGGUGAAAAUUGAAGCACUUUUUAAUCCAUAUGCCCCAGGCAAUUUUACUUAAACUCUACCUUUAUACAUUGAAGAAGAUGAUGAAAUUCCUUCUAACGUACCUUAUGUUGAGCUAAUAUUAAAAGGUGAGGCUGCUUUCCCAAGACUUCAAUUUGACAGGAAGGAAAUUAUUUUACCAGUUGUGCCUCUCGGGAUAUAGUCUCGCUGCACUUUUAGGAUUAUAAACGAUGGCUAUGAAAAUUUGAAUUUAAAAUAUAAAAUUAUUUAAGAUAUUUCAAAUAUUAAUGUAACUUUGAACUGGCCUGAUGGAAAAAAUUUGGGUAUAACAAAACAUAGAAUAAGAGUUGAGGCCGUAUUUUCAAAUAAAAGACCUUUAUCAUUUACAACUAGAAUAGAAUUUUAUGAUGACUCCGAUCGUGUGUAUCCUAUUUAUAUAUCUGGUACAACUGAUAACUGCCUAUUUACUAAUCAAUCAUAUCUGUAGAGAUGCAAAGGGGAGUAUUCAAUAUAUUUAAAUGAAGUAAAAGAUGAUAGUAAUAAAUUUUCUAUCGGAAACAUUAUGAUUAAAGAGGAAGAUGAGGACAUUAACUCAGUAGAUGGUAAGACAUAAACUUCUAGGACUCAUUCUAUUGCUGCAACUAAGAAGAAAGGAGGAGCUGCCUCUACUCUGAGCUAUGGCUCUACUAAAAGUUCUAGAAGCAUGCUAGGAUAUUAACCAAUACCAACUCCUUUCUUAGAUUAGUCUAUUGAAUAUAUAACUCGCUGGCUGAAUUAUCAUGUUCUUUAAUAGCCUAUAAACAGUUUUCCACAAAGCGUUAUAGAGCAAAAUGGCAGUCCUGUAUUUGAUUUAAUUACAUUUUUAACUGGAAGAACUUAAUUCCCAUUCAGAGCCUAAAUUGACCACCUUACAAAAAGAACUGAAAAGUCCAAAAAACUGAUGUCCUAAUACGAUGAGUUAAUAAGAUCAUUAAAGGUAGAAGGAGGUAUGCUUAACCAUAUCAGGCCAGAGUAUUUGCUAAGUUAUUAAGACUAUAUUCUAUAUGUGAAAUAGCUACCUAGCUAGGUCACUAAUACAAUUAGUCAGAAUGUUUUAAGAUUGUCUUAAUCAAGAUUUAUGUACCUUGCUCUUGACUCAUGGAUACAAAUAUUUUAUUAAAUACUAAAAAUUUACUUUUUAAACAGACUUAAUGCUAAAAAUUUCAAGUUAAUUCCUGGAAUACCCGCAGAAAAAAUGUAAAUUCCUAAUUAUAUCGAAUAAAGUAAUUUAAUCUCUCCUGCAGAAUCUCUUUUAUUGUAUUGGCUUGAAAUAAAUUAUGAAUAAACUCACCCCUUAGCUUAGAAGAGAUUAUGUUCUUUCGAUUUGGAACUUUAAGAUGGCUAAUGGAUCUAGUCACUUAUUAUGAGCUAUGUUGGAAAAAAUAGCUCGAGAUAUUUUGGAAAUAUGAAAAUGGUUUGCUCUAAUGAGUAAGAUUUUAAGUAUAAUGGAGAAAGAAUAGUUGAAGCUAUGAAGGAGAUUGGAAUCAACUCACAUUUACAACCUCAAGAUUUCUAAAAGGUUUCAAUGCGUGAAAUGAUUCUUUUCAAUUUGUAAAUGCUUUAUUCUCUCCCUCACUACAUUCCAAAAGGAAACCCUAUUAUGUUUAGUUGCAUCUUAGGAGAAGAAAUAACCAAAAAUAUAGAAUUAACUAAUCCUACUAACAGAACUAUUUGCUAUCAUGUAAAGCUUGAGGGUCAUCCUGACUUUUCUCUCGAUUCAGAAGAUUAGUUUAUGAUAGAGCCUAAGAGUUAAUACAAGUUUAGAGUUAAAUUCACUUCAAGAGUAAGCGAUUCUGUAACAGGAAGAAUCAUUUUUAAUAACAAGAAAGAAAGUAAUGUCUAAGCAGCUGCACUAGUAUUUGAUUUAAAGUCUAAUGUUACAGGCAGAAUUUCUGAAAAGAUAAUUUAAACAACUUCAAAUUUGUAUGAAAACACAGAAUUUUAAUUUUAAGUUACUAAUAAAUUUUAAAAUGCCGAGUGGGGAGAAUUUGAAGUGAAUAUAGUUCAUGUAAAACCUGAAAAGCCAGUAGAGAAAAAGAAAAAGAAGGCAGCAGGGGCACCUUAAUAGAAUUAAAAUAAUACUAAGGGUAAAUAAAAUGGUGGAAAAGAAGAAGACAGUGAUAAACCUUAAGCAAACGUAUCUAAAAUUGAAGACUAAUAAUAAAACGAUGUGUUCCCAUCAUUCUUCUGUAGACAGUACAAUACUGCGAAGUUAAGAAUAAAGAGAGGAGCAACUGCAAACAUUAAUCUUAUUUUCUUACCCUUAAUUAUUGAGUAAUAAAGAUGCUAUAUCAUUUUUAAAGAUCCUAAUAUCGGAGAAUUCUAAUAUGAAGUAAUAGGGAACGUAGAGCUUCCUAUGUAUAACAACGAAAUUAUCAGGCUACCUUAAAAUGGCUAAACUAUUUACGUAGACGACCCAGCUAAUAUAGAAAUACCACUUAGUUACCAAAAUGAAUCUAUGAAUAGAGCUCGUAAGCUUGCAGAAUAGUUAAUUAUGGAAAAGAGCAAAGAAAAAUUCUUGAAAGGUGAUAAAAGUGCACUUUAAAAGGCUGAUAAAUUAGUCUUCCCAGGAGGUUAGCCAGAUGCUGUUCAAUAUAAUAUAGAAAUAACCCCUUCUGUACCUUACAUUCAAAUUCCACAAAUAUUUACUCUCACAAACCCAUACAAAGGUCUUCAAAUAAACUAACCAAUUGAAAAAGAAUAAAAACAAGAAAAUUCAAAGAGAGGAAAAAUUCUUCCAAAAGAAAAUCAUGAAGAAUAAUAAGAGCAAACUUAAACUGUAGAUUUGGUAAACAAACUUCCCAUUUCGCUUCUCUUUAAAAAUGCAGUUAAAGAUUUUAAAGUUUCGCUCACAUUAAAAAAUGUAAAUUUGACAGAUAUUAGAAGAUAUAAAUUAGAAAUUAGUGCUUUCCCUAAACCAGUGAGAUCAACAUUAGAGUUUAGAGUUCCAGCUAGGUAAUCUACUACACAAGAAAUACCUAUUGUAAAUAACACAGAGAGAGACUGGAAUAUUAAAGUUAAUUUUGUAAGAGAUAAACUCCCUAAUUCAAAUCUCUUUUCUUUCCCAGCUUCUUUCUCUAAAGAGUUUUUAGUUAGGAAAAAAUCUUAAGGAAGUUUUCCAUUAACAUUUAAACCUAAGUGGAUUUGUGAAGCAGAAUGCAAAUUAAUUCUUCAAAAUCCACUCACAAAUGAUUUGUUUGAAUAUAAUAUUAAGGGUUUCGGAGAGGAACCUGUAGCUGAAGAUCAUUUUGUCAUAUAAUGUUCAGCAAGAUAAACAAAGAUUCAUGAUAUAGUAGUUAAAAACCCAUAUACUGACAAAGACGUUACAUAUAAAGUAGAAACUGAUUUGUUAAAUGCUUAGGGGGCUCCUUCAUUAAAAAUAAAGGCAGGAUAAAAAGGUACCUAUAAAUUAUCUGUCACCCCUAUAUUAAGUGGGUAAUAUACUGGUUCAAUAACUUUUACUGAAGAUGAUGGAACAUAUCUUUGGUACACAGUUGUUUUGCUAACAGCUAGCCCUGCAGCAGAUAAAGUCCUAGAUUUAAAUUCAUUUAUCAGAUAGGCUUGCACGUUUGAAAUUUCUAUAUCAAAUCCUCUUGAUUAAUAAAUUUCUUUUGAUGUUAUCAUUAACGGAGAUGGUCUUAUUGGAGAAAAUAUAUUUUAUUUGGGGCCGAAAGAAACUAAAUCUUAUGAAUUGAUCUACAGUCCUUUGUAUAUCGGAAAAGCAAAAGGUAGUAUUGCAUUCGUAAAUGAGCAUUUAGGAGAGAAAUGGUAUGAACUCAAUUUACUCAGUGAAGAAUAAGCUGUAAUCAAACUGCCUAUUCUUAAAACAGAAUUGGGUAAAUUUAACUAGCAUAAAGUUUAACUCGAAAAUCCUACUGACAAAGAAAUCAAAGCCAUUAGCAAAUGCACAAACACAUAAAAUUUCGAAGUUUUCCCAUAAGAUAUAGUUUUAAAACCAUUUUCUUCUACAACUGUAUACAUUAGGCACUCACCUUCCAGCUUAGAACAAGCAGAAAGUGCUGAAAUAUCAAUAAUCACUGGAGAAAUAGGUAAGUGGAGAUAUUCUGUUUAUGGUAUGGGUAUUCCUCCAACAAAGUUCGAGAAAAGAGAAAUAUCAGUUAGCAUAAAUAAAGAUUUCUCAACAUCUAUUCAGUUUAAAAAUCCAUUUAAAGAAUAAAUUUAGAUUUAAGUCUAUAUGAUUGCCGAAAAUUAGAAUAAAGAAGUUUUCAAACUCCUACUUAAAGGUAAAAAAAUUCCUGGAAAAUAAGAUGGUGAAGAAAGGUAUUUAAUGCAAGUUGGAGGUUUGUAAGUAUUAAUGAUUCCUUUCUCUUUCAUACCUAGAGAGAUCACCAAAUAUUAUUGUGAAAUUGUUUUAGCAAUGAAUGAUAAAAUUGAGUGGAGAUAUCCUAUUGAAGGUAUCACUUAAUGCACUUAGUCCACUGUAAUCCAAAACUUUAAGUGUCAAUGUAGAGAUAGCUUAGAAGAAGACUUUUCUAUUUAACUACCAGGAAUAUAAAGCAUAAUGGGUAAAGAUGAUACUUUUAGUUUUGAAAUUAGGUGCUUGGAAGAAGAGUAUAGUAAUUUAGUAGAUAAAUCACUUUAAAUAAAAACAACAAAGAAUUACUUGAGUGAUCCUAGUGAUAGAUUAGAAUUUUAAGUUAAAUUUUAACCUCUAAAGCCUUACAAAGCAACUCUUGAAUUCCAUGUCCUUAGAAAGGCUGGAGGAAAAUGGAGGUAUUUUAUUGAUGUUGAAGCUACAGAACCUGAACCUGAUGACACUAUUGUAAUCAGCUCCAACUUACACAAAACUACCAGUGUUUCAUUCAAAUUAACAAAUAAAACAAAAUAAUUUGCACCAUUUGUGGCUAACUUCUCUCCUGAGUCAGAUAGUGAAUUUACAGUUUUCCCUAAAAGUGGAACAUUAGAAUCAUAUGGAAGAGAUGGAACCACAUUCAUUGUUUCAUUUACUCCUGUUGAGUAUGGAAAGAUUAGAAGUGGUAAACUGAUAGUAUAAACCGAAGAUAUGUAUUGGUAAAAUACCAUUUUAAAAUUCCUUUCAAUUAAAUUAAAAAACAUUUGUAUAUUAAUUAGGUCAUAUCUCAUAAAGGGUAAACUUCCUAAAUAUAAUCCACCAUAAGCAGAAUCAAGCUUAAUUGAUGACAAACUAGAGGCAGAAUUUGAUUUAAGAGUAAAUAGUACUCUUCCUAAAAACCACCUACUUGAUAAUAUAAAGAAAACAAAAAUAAAUGCUAGCAUUUCAAAAAAUUUAAGUAGAAGUAUCUAAAAUUCAAACGACUCUACUAAUUUAAUAUCUAGGACAAUAGGUUAGAUAAAUAAUCUUUCAUCAAGCAUAAGUUACAUAGGAAAGAACCCUUAAUGA